AUGAGAAGAAUCAUAAGAGCACACGAAAGAAUACAAAGAGCAAGUUUCAGGUGUAUUAGACGGGCCGAACCAAUUGCAAGGAAUUUAGCUAUUCCAUUCCGAGCAGCUAAGUACCUCAUAACAAAAACCGCCGGCAUACUUAAAUCAACUUGUAGGUAUAUUUCAAAGAGAAGACGAAGAAUUUAUCGGGUUAUUCCCUUGGCGGGAAGAAUGAUUUGGAAGGUUGGGCGGUCGAUCAAAAACAUUCCCAGAAAAACUGCACGCGCUGUAAAGCAUGCAUUUAAGCGCAGAAAACAGGCACGUAAGCCAGACGAUGCAUCUUCUCCAAGCAAAAAAAAGUAUGUUACCAUGCAAGAAAUUCAAGAGAAAAUUCAAAUGCAGAUAAACAAAAAACAGAAACAGACGUAUCUUGGCGAGGAGUUGGAUAACCCACCAAACCCAAGGCCGCUUAUACCACCAAUGUACUAUUAUGAAUCACCGCAUCCAACAGAUAGAGGAUUUACGUACCGCUGUCACCCUAGUGUAUAUUUCAAAUGGUGCACUAAGUAUAUAGAGGAUCUUCUUAUAGACAUAUCUGGGCUGGGCCAGGAAUAUUCACAGACAGUUGCAGCUGCAAUACUUGAAACAGGACUAAUCAAAAGAAAAGACAUACCACAUGAAGACAUCAUAUAUGCAAUACUUAGUGUAAGUAGUUCUAUUUCUGAGCCAUGCAAAAUAGAACAGAGUAUUACACCCUUAAAGUAUGCAGAAUUAGUUUUAUCCAAUAUUACUGCGCUUUGUGGGAAAGAAUUAAAUAAUAAAAUUCAGCCUAUUGAGAACAAGCCAGCGCCCUCAUCGGCUAAAGCAGUUCCACGCCCAUCUAUCAAAGAGCGUAUAAAAACAAUACGGGACUUGAUGAAAGGGAUGUUUUCAUUGCUAAAAUGA